UAUAUUUAAUCAUCACAAUUUCUAUAUUUAUUUACAUGCAUUUUUUCAUCUUUAAAUAUAGGGAAAAAUGAAUACUGAGAGGAAAAAACAAAUUCGAUUUAAAAGUGAGGAUGACAUUCGGCUUUUGAGGGAAAUUGUCGCCAAAAAUCCCAUAAAAGACAAGAGCAAAUGGGCAGAGAUCGCAUCAACCCUGUCGUCCCCUAAUUUUAUUUUAGAUGCAAGGAGAGUAAGAGAGAGGGCGAAUUUACUCAUUGAACAGCAUAAACGAGAAAACCGAGAGAAUCUCAGAAGAUCUGGUGUUGAUGAGGAAGUGACGGAAAAAACCACUCUGCUUGACGAAAUUCUUGAGUUAAAAGAUGAGGAGGAACGGGGAAAGAAAGAAGAAAAAGAAAAGAAAGAAAGAUCUGAUAACAUGGGGAAGGAGAUAAGAAAGAGGGCCCUAGAGUGUUUAACACCAAAGAAAGAUGAUGAGAGUGGAGCACCUAAAAGGAAAAAUUCACAAACUUGCAUCGUCGACUAUUUAAAAGAAAAAACAGAGCUUGAAGUGAAAACAAAAAACGACGACAUGGAGUUCAGGAAGGAGCAACUAAAAUUGGAAAAAGCCAGAUUUGAUUUGGAUAGACAGGAGAGGAUGCAAAGAAUGGAGAUCGAAAAGCAGGAAAAACUUGCUUUUAUUGAUUUAUUGAAGAAAUUAACGAAAGAUAAAUAAACAAGAAUUGUACGCGAUAACAUAAAUUA